AUGUGGACAUGGGUUUGUGGUUUCAUGCUUUUCUCUUUAGGUGUCAUCUCACUCUUCACCGGUCACGUUGCCUCUCACCUUGAAUGGUAUUCUCAACAAUUGAGCAAACGAAGCUUACUGGAUAUGAGCCGUAGGGAACCAAUUGAUGUAUGGAAGUCGAAAUAUUCCAAGUUUUUCUAUGGAUGCAGUGAAAGAGGAAGGAACUUCCCACCUGCUGUCCUGGAGCGUUCGUCUAAUGGGUAUUUGCUGAUUGCAGCUAGUGGAGGCCUGAACCAGCAAAGAACAGGAAUAACAGAUGCAGUGGUUGUUGCAAGGAUUCUUAAUGCUACUUUAGUUGUACCUGAGUUAGAUCACCAUUCCUAUUGGAAAGAUGACAGUGACUUUAAUGACAUUUUUGACGUUAAUUGGUUCAUCUCUUCCCUCACCAAAGAUGUGACUAUAGUAAAGAGAGUUCCUGACAGAGUCAUGCGGUCAAUGGAGAAACCUCCGUAUACAAUGCGUGUGCCUCGAAAGUCUACUCCUGAGUAUUAUCUUGAUCAAGUAUUGCCAAUUCUCUCGAGGAGACAUGUUUUACAGUUGACAAAGUUUGACUACAGACUAGCAAAUGAUCUAGAUGAAGACAUGCAAAAGUUGCGCUGCAGGGUAAACUAUCACGCAUUAAGAUUCACGAAGCGCAUACAAUCAGUCGGGAUGAAAGUGGUGAAGCGAAUGAGAAAGAUGGCCAGACGUUUUAUUGCUGUCCAUUUGAGGUUUGAGCCUGAUAUGUUAGCCUUUUCUGGUUGUGACUUCGGUGGGGGUGAAAAAGAGCGAGCUGAGCUGGGAGAAAUAAGAAAACGAUGGGACACAUUACCUGAUUUGGACCCUCUGGAGGAAAGAAAGCGUGGGAAAUGCCCUCUUACCCCUCAUGAAGUAGGCUUAAUGCUGCGUGCUCUUGGUUUUGCAAAUGACACAUAUAUCUAUGUUGCAUCUGGAGAAAUAUAUGGUGGUGAGAAGACACUGAGACCACUUAGAGAGCUGUUUCCAAACUUUUACACCAAGGAAAUGCUUGCCAAUGAUGAGCUCAAGCCGCUGCUUCCCUAUUCUUCACGCCUUGCUGCCAUUGACUACAUAGUCAGCGACGAAAGCGACGUCUUUAUCACUAAUAAUAAUGGAAAUAUGGCUAAGAUUCUCGCAGGCCGAAGGAGGUACAUGGGGCACAAGAGGACCAUCAGGCCAAAUGCAAAGAAGCUCAGCGCGUUGUUCAUGGACCGUGAAAAGAUGGAGUGGCAAACAUUCGCCAAGAAAGUGAAAUCUUGUCAGCGCGGAUUCAUGGGUGAUCCCGAUGAGUUCAGACCAGGACGCGGUGAGUUCCACGAGUACCCACAAGCUUGCAUUUGUCAAAGACCCUUCUCAUAUGACAAAACCACAACGGAUGAUGAAGAAGAAGACAUACCAGAAGAGAACCACAACAACAACACCACGAGCUCUGGACAUAACCAUUUGUCUUCAGCAGACAAUGAGCGAGACGAAGUUUUCCCAGACUAG